AUGUGCAAUAAGUGUAAAGGCCAAGAGCCUCCAAAGAGCUUUGAAGAAUUCUUAAAGUCUCAAAACUGGGAUUAUUGGCCCAGAGAUGUUCCUUUUAUAAACAGUGGUAUAUGGGAAGAUGCUCUGAAAAAAAUAGAAGAGGAUAUUUCAUUUGCUUCUAUUUAUUCUUACCUGUGGACAAACGUUCCUCGAACAUUUGAGGCACUCAGCACCAUGGAGACAAGAUUAAAGGAAUGCUCAUGUCUUUUGCAACAGCACUCCUCCAACUUAUUUGAGAAUGACAUAAUGAUUUCCACAAAAAGUUCAUAUGCAAAUUUGGAACGAUACAAGGCAUUUCUAAAGGAACACUAUAGACAGAAGAGGAUAAUGCUUUCAGAUGAGAUGGAGACAGAGAAGAAUAUAGAGGGUUGCAACUUCUCAGGAUUCAAACAAUAUGAAAUAACACAUUUACCCAGGCAUUUGGAUGCUAAACAGAUUUAUCUUUUUGUUUUAAGAACCCAUAACUUUGAGGAAAAAAUAUUUAAAAUCUGGAAAACCCAUAUUCUCUCAGAUUCCUCCAUUGCUCUUUUGCAUGACUCCUUUUGGUGGUGGUUUCUGCAUAAAUUCAAGCCUGACAGGAGAGAUCAAGAUUGCUUGUUUGACAGAAUGUCAGAAAAUUAUGCAAAACUUUUCCUGAGAAUACCUCUAAAGAACAUCGAUUCAUUCUUUCAGAUGUAUCCUGAUUGUCUGGCACAAGCCAUCUACGCAACAUUCCAGGAAUCAUUUCCAGAAUCCAGCAAUGUCUUCAAUAAUGAAUUUAAAGAAGAUCUAGGAAAUACUAUUUUUCUUUGGUUGUCAGGUCUAAAACCUCCGAGUGGCUUUUGGACCCACUGGAGACUGACAGAACUGUGCACACACACCAUACAUGGCAGUAAGCGUGGGCCAGCGAGGUCGAUGAAGAGGAGGAUUACGGCCAGCCAGGAGCGCAUAGUGUCCAGUAUAGACUUCAACAUCGAGAGUAUUUUAAAGAACCCGAAAGCUCAUGUGGCAUCUGUACUCAAGGAAGAGUCAACAACAGUGUCGAGAGCAACGACAAAAUCCCAUUAUGCGAGCUUCGGCCCUGAGUUUCACCGUGUUCUCUUUGACUUUGGAGGUCAGAGCCCACUGAUUUUGAACUAUCUUAAGAUGCAUGAGACAGGUGGUAUAUCCGUCACUCAUAAAAAAAAGGGAAGUAGAUUCACCAAGAUACUCCAAGAGCCCAGCACACCGCCUGCUCCAACAUACUGUGACAUCAUCAAGGAGGCCAAGAGAAAAUUUGCAAAGAACCAAAAGGACUUUAGCAGGCUCCAAGCAAAGUCUUCCAGAAACAUCCAAGAAGCCAAAAACGAUUUUGACAAAUUUCUACAUACGCUGCGUGUUGAGGCUAAACUCAGGGAGGAAUAUACGGGUUCAUCAACGCCACCAUCCUCAGAGUCGUCACCGUUGCCACAGUCACCACAGUCACCACAGCAAUCAUCGUCCUUGUCGUCAUCCACUGCCACUCCCAGGUCAGAAGGCCUCAGCCAUCUGGACGAGGGCUAA